AUGAUCUUAAAUUCUUACGAGUAUGAGGAGAGCGAGAUGAGUACACUGGAGGUGGACAAGUUGUUUUGGGAUUAUUUUGACGUGACUACUGAGGGGUAUAACAAUUUGAGUGUUGGUUUGAGUGAGACUUUGCCUCGUGACCAGGGGCCGGUGUUGGCUACAUAUGGGGUUUUGUUAGCUAUCGGUGGUCUCGGGAACCUAGCCGUGCUGGUGACCUUGGCUAGGACCAGGCGAAGAAAGUCAAGAGUUGACUUAUUGAUGACGCAUUUGGCAUUGGCUGAUGUGUGCGUUACUUGUGGCGUCAUUCCUUUAGAGAUUGGCUGGAAGUACACAAACGCAUGGCUGGUGGGGAACUUCCUGUGCAAGAUGCUGCUCGUGCUGAGAGCUUUCGGGCUCUAUUUGUCUUCUAAUGUGCUCGUCUGCAUAUCAGUUGAUAGAUUUUUCGCAGUAAUUUACCCCCUUCGACUGCCCGUGGCCCGGCGGCGGAGCAAGCAGAUGCUGUACUGCGCCUGGAUGGUCGCUUUGGCAUGUAGUUUACCACAAAGCAUGGUCUUCAGAGUGAAGCGGCACCCUCGCGACGCGGGGUUCGAACAGUGCGUCUCUUUUGACGCGUUCAGCAGCUACCACCAAGAAGUUGCGUACAAUGUGUUCUGCAUCUGUGCGAUGUACUUCGUGCCAUUGGUCGUCAUCACUGUCUGCUACGUAUGCAUCUUUUGUGAGAUCCAUCGGAGCAGUAAAGAGCUUGAUGAAAAAUGCAUCCACCGCAACGGCAUUGGCCACGUGCGCCUACGCAGAUCCGGGCGUCGCAUUUUAGAGAGAGCGAGACGGCGAACGUUGAGGAUGACUGUUACCAUCGUCGCUGUAUUUGCUCUGUGCUGGCUGCCCUAUGCUACUAUGACCAUGUGGUACAUGAUAGACCGCGGUUCAGCUGAGCGAGUGUCGCCUCGGAUCCAAGAUCUUCUAUUUGCCAUGGCCGUCUCUAACUCCUGCAUGAAUCCGUUGGUCUAUGGAUCCUAUACCAUAGACCUCAAGGGAGCCAUUAGAAAGCUGCUGAAAAAUACUUGUUGCCGCUCCACUUCUGCUUCAGAUACUAUUGGAAAUUCAGGGUCGAGUUCACUCAAGAACAGAAAUAUGAAUUUGGAGACUCCGCUUGUAGCGCCGCUAAAGAACGGCCGGGUUCGAACGCGCCUCGGGGUCCGUUUCGCUGAGACCUCCCUGACGGCCGUCCCGGACCGGCCCGAACCCAGACCCCGGGCGCCGGCCUGACAUCCCCCUCCACGGCUCAUGUGCGCCCGACACGAACGCUGCAGGGUCCUACAGGAAUACUACCAAGACAGGAACGGAACGGGACCGACACUGAUGUAGUACCCGUGUCGCUGUCACUUGGACUACAACGUGUAUAAAAUGGACUAUGACAAAGACUAUAAUGUGUAUAAAACGGACUACGACAAAGACUAUGAUGUGUAUAAUAUAAAAUUACCAGUUAAUAUCCCCGCGGCUGCGAGGAUUGUAAUAUAAAUAGUGUAUGGUUUUUAUAUGAAUUGUAGAAUUUUGAUAUAAUAACAAAAUUUGAAUAUAUAAUUGUGAAAAUUUGGAUAGGUAUAUUAGCAAAAGUGUUAAACUUUGUAUGUUCCUUUUUACUUUAAGAACACCAAGUUUUUACAUAGUUCUUGUGAA